UUAAAGAAGAAGACCAGAAAUGAAAACAUGAGCAAGAGUGAAAGCAUGAGAAUGAGAAAAGAAAAUAUUUUCUUAUGUUUCUGUUUCAGGGCAUGAAAAUGUCUUCCACCAAAGUGGGCUUUCGUCUGGCUGCCUGUUUACUAAACAUUUCAGAAGCCAGAAAAAAAAAGAUAUUGGGGUCAGAUGCCAAAGCCUGUCUGCAGGAUCAACUUGGUGACAAACAUUCUCAAGCCACAGUACUCAAUAUAUUUUCUGAUAAUGAUUUCCACAGAUCAGUCAUAAUCAUAGCAGCUCCCAUUGAUAUGUUAGGCAACUAUGUCAUUGCUGCCUGCACUGCGGCUUUACAGUGAAUUGAUAUGGCUAUCCAGGAAGAAAUCCAUCCUUGC